AUGCUCAAAGAAUCUGUUCCCUCAUUAUGGAAAACACCAUUAAUAAGAGAGAACGAAGAAGAGGAAGAUUUAGGGAAAAGGGUUUGGAUCGAAUCAAAACUGUUAUGGCACAUCGUUAGUCCAGCCAUCUUCAGUCGUGUCGCCUCCUACUCCAUGAAUGUCAUCUCCCAAGCUUUCGCUGGCCAUCUUGGUGAUCUCGAGCUCGCUUCCCUCUCCAUCGCCAAUAAUGUCAUUGUUGGCUUCAAUUACGGUCUCUUGUUAGGAAUGGCUAGUGCAUUGGAGACACUAUGUGGUCAGGCAUUUGGAGCCAAGAAAUUCCAUAUGUUGGGAAUCCAUAUGCAGAGAUCAUGGAUGGUUCUGUUUCUCUACUCUGUUCUGCUUCUACCCAUGUACGUAUUUGCUACUCUUGUUCUGAAAUGGAUGGGGCAACCGGAGGAUGUGGCGGAGCAGUCGGGUAUGGUGGCGCUCUGGCUCAAAUUUAAUUUUAUUUUUUGUACUUGA